GUUGACGGCUGAUUUUUUUGCCAGCGGGUUUUCUGCACGGUUUUUUUUUGCUCGAAAAAUAUUGAUUAAAUUAUAAAAACUAAAAACAAAUGUGUUAAGGAAAGUAAAUUGUGUUAAAAUUAUUAGAAUUAAAGAAAGUCAAUUAAGUGCAAAAAAUAAAGAAUUGCGAAAAUUAUAACCUAUAAAACAUACAAUAACAACAACAAUAAUCAAAAAUGUCAACUCCACAACAAGCCCCAGCACAAUUUUCUUUGCUUCCUAAGAUCGUAAACGGUGGUAUUGCCGGUAUUAUAGGCGUAUCAUGUGUAUUUCCUUUGGAUUUAGUUAAAACCCGUUUGCAAAAUCAACAAGUCGGUCCAAAUGGAGAAAAAAUGUACAAAAAUAUGUUCGAUUGCUUCCGCAAAACAUACCGUGCCGAAGGUUACUUUGGCAUGUAUCGCGGUUCUGGUGUCAAUAUCCUUUUGAUCACACCCGAAAAAGCCAUAAAAUUGACCGCCAAUGAUUACUUCCGCCAUAAACUCACUACUAAGGACGGUAAGCUGCCCGUUAGCAGUCAAAUGGUUGCUGGUGGUUUGGCUGGUGCAUUCCAAAUUGUUGUUACCACACCUAUGGAAUUGUUGAAAAUUCAAAUGCAAGACGCGGGUCGUGUUGCAGCUCAAGCUAAAUUGGCGGGUAAAACUGUCGAAAAGAUUUCGGCCACCAAAUUAGCUUCACAGUUGAUAAAGGAAAAGGGAAUAUUUGGCUUGUACAAGGGUAUUGGCGCUACCGGCUUAAGAGAUGUUACCUUCUCCGUUGUAUACUUCCCGCUAUUUGCUACACUUAAUGCAUUGGGCCCCAGACGUAACGAUGGCUCCGGUGAAGCUGUAUUUUGGUGCUCUUUCCUCUCUGGUUUGGCAGCUGGUUCAUUUGCUGCAUUGUUUGUUAAUCCAUUCGAUGUGGUUAAGACACGUUUACAGGCUAUUAAAAAGGCUGAUGGUGAAAAGGAAUUCAAGGGUAUUAUGGAUUGUAUAACUAAAACCAUGAAAUACGAAGGACCCACUGCUUUCUUCAAAGGUGGCUUGUGUCGUAUGAUUGUUAUCGCUCCUCUAUUCGGUAUCGCUCAAAUGGUUUACUUUUUGGGAGUAGCUGAGGGUUUACUGGGUAUGAACACACCCAAAAAGGAAUAAACAAGAAGCAAUUUAUAUUCUAAUUUAAGAACCAAUUUAACUGGAAACGAAUGCAUUUCCAUUAUGUGUCGUCCUAAAUGUACAUCGGAAAUAUAAUAAUGCUAAUAAACUAAUUAAAUAGACGAAUUGUUUUUAAAAUGCCUAAAAAUUUGCUCUCUUUUUAUGUGAAUGUAUGUUGUUUGUAUUUUGUUUAUCAUUAUUUAAGUUAUCUGUUUGGCUCAAAGUCAAAAGUAUUGUGAAAAUUAAACAUUUCAAUAAAUUAUAACAUACUCUUAUUUAAAAAAUAAAAUUAUAUCAGAAAAAUGUUACAAACAAUAUAAUUAAUACGUGUAUGUGUUAUUUGAAACCAAAAACAAAAUAUCAGUUUCGUCGAAACUCAUUUAAAAAAAAAGAAAACAAAAAUCUUAUACAAGACAAUAAACCAUUUUGAUUAAACAAAAAAAUCCUGAAAAACAACAUGAAUUUAUUACAAUUGAAACCAUAUAGAAUUAAAAUAAAUAUUUAAACCUAAUUAUCAAAGCUUGUAUUUACUCCAAUGAGUUGUUUGUUUUGUUUAUUGAUCGCAAUUAUAUGGCACAAUGUUCUUUUAUAUUAUUAUAAAUUCUAUAUUAUAGCCAAACAACAAAAUGUAUUUGAAUUACAUAUACUAAUUAUGUUAAAAACAAAACAAACUGAAAAAUAUGUAUUUAUGUGGUGUAUCAUAGUUGUCAAUUCAUAGAUUAAAGUAAUAAACGUAAUAAAUAAACAACCUCAGAUAUUAACAUGCUACCUAAAACAGUUUUAAUAUUUUUUUUUGCAUUUUUUUCUUUUGUUAAUUUAUGUUUAAAAUACAUAGUUAAAAUACUGUUAAUUUCUUUCUAUGUUCAUAUUCUUUAGGCCAAUUUAAUAUGUUUAUAUUUUUCAAUAAUUUUAUGGUAUUUUUAAAGUAAAAUCUCUAAGAUAUUUUCUUGUUUAUAGUAAGUUUUAAUUUUAAAAUAUUUUGCAAACUAUUUAAAGAUGCCAAUGUUAAAAGAAAUAAAAAACAAAUAUACACACAUAAGUAAAACAAGGAAUUUAAAAUUAAA